CACUUGAAGCCCCAACCUCUUGCUGGCUUGGCCAAGUCUCAGUCCCCUUCCAGGUCCUUGAGACCCAAACAUUUGGCUUCCAGUCCUCUGUAACUUUUCAGGCCCCAGCUACUGGCACCUGUAUCGCUCAGGAAUUCAGGUUGCCCCCCAAAUUCUCCCUACCCUACCUACAAGAUCCAAGCUCCCUGUUCUCUGGCUUCCACUGUCUAAGGCCCCAGGAGUCUGGCCUUCCAGUUACUGCCCAUCUCUGAGAAUAAGGCACCCCCAGUUCCUGAGGACCCAAGCCAAGGAUGCGUCCCUGCUCCGUGCUCGCCCUGCUUUCUGGGAGUCUUGCUCUGGCCCUCCUGCUGGUCACACUGAGUACUGAUUACUGGAUCACCUCUGUAAGCCCUAAGCACCAGGCUCACUCUGGCCUCUGGCACCCAGAUGAGGAUUCUGUGAAAGAUUUCAUCCAGGCCACCCGAGUCUUCGCCAUCCUGGCUGCACUGGCAGGUCUGCUGUCCAUCUCCUGUCUGAUCCUCUUCAUCACUCCGUUUCUCCGUAACUCCAGCUUCAGCUCCCUGGCCUCUUUGGUUUUUUGCAUCACAGCCUUCGUUGCAGCCCUCUUCUGCAUGGUGGCAAUGGCUGUCUACACUGGAGAGCGAUGGAAAGAACCUGAUCAUCCUCAGAUUCAGACCUCCUUUGCCUGGUCCUUCUACAUGGGAUGGAUUUCUGUUUUCCUCUUCCUUAUCACUGGAGUCCUGAGCCUUGUGGUGCAUUGGGGUGCUCCCCAUCCCAGCUAUGAGACCUUCUCAGCUUGAGAAAUCAGCCCUUGAUUCACUGAAUAAACCAAAAGUUGCCCAUUGGG